UGAGUGAUUAUAAUGCAUUUAUAUAGUAAAUACAAGAGGUGCACAAAACACAUGUCAAAAUAUAAAUAAAUGCUAUAUAACAAAUGGCACAUAAGAAUAAAUAUGCAGCAAACCUUAUGGCAUUUAUGUGAUUUGUUGUUAUGUUAGAUUAGUUAUUUCCAUAUUUAGUAAGCUCACUUAGUUUGUUAACAAGAAAAGUUGUACAUAAAAGCUUCGGCUCUCAUUGAUAACGAAUGGUAAUAAUGUUGUAUGACUAAUGUUGUUUUUCUUUUUUUCUUUCCUUUCUAUUGAAAAUUGUACAAUAUAGUUUUGUCUUUUCCUGUAUUUUAUUAACAUUAUUUUAUAUUUUCUUGGUAAGAUGGUUGUACAAUCUUUGUACACAUUAUUCAGUUUGUAUUAUCCUUUUCAGUAAUAAUACAAGUUGUGGUGCUUUGUUUCAAAAAAAAAAUUUGUGUUAUGCCUCAUCCCAGACUGCUGAGGGUAAGCCUUAGAGGCAUUUUUUUCACUGCCUCACCUCGAGGUGUACUCCGCAAACAAUUUUAAAAACCAUGAUACUGAGCAAUGCAUUGAAUGUCCAAAUAUUCAUCAAGAUGCACAUGGCAGAUUAUGUAGAGAGACAUCUUAUAGUCAUGCAACAGAUUGAUGAGGAUCACACACUAACACAACUUGCAACAUCAUGGCUCAAUCUGGCAGUGGGUGGCUCUAAAAUACAAGAAGCAUAUCUUAUCUUUCAAGAUUUCUCUGAGAAAUAUCAGAUGACUAGUUUGGUUCAUAAUGGGAAAGUUGUUUGUGGCAUGCACAUGAAUAACUUUGAUGAAGCUGAAACUCUGCUGCUUGAAGCACUUAACAAGCCAAUUGAAACUUGCACAUCCAGAUCACAUCCUCAUUAAAAGGUCAGCAUCGGCCGAAGAGAGCUUUGAUAGAGCAGUUUAGAUAGUUGCUUGAAGACCGAGGUAAAGAUGGUUUCAUUCUCAUGGAAGAAGAGAGGACCUUUGUCAUUGCGUUGUCCUUUAUCCUUUGUGGGCAUUUUUCGUUUUGGUUUUGUAGCUUAGAAUAAUAAAUUUGACAUGUUUGUGAAAGAUUCAAAAUUUUACCCAAUCCCAAUUAUUCAUUUUUCUCUCAAUAUUGGGCAAUGUGCUUCAUAUAAUAUACUCCAGUAAAUUCAUGAA